AGGCGGCGGGGGAGGCCAGAGGGAGCGAGCCGCGCGGGGUCCCAGGCGCCCCGCGGGCCGAGGUCGAGCCCUCCCGCCCGUGGGCGAGCGCGCCAGCCGACCCUCCCGGGAGCCACCACCACAAAGAGAUCGGGCGGGCGCCUGCUCCCAUGACUCCCUAAAGUUGUGCCGGCCCCGCUGAGUCCGCUGCCCGGGCCGUGCCCCGCGCCCCGUGCGUCCCCGCGCGCCGACCCGCGCCCCGCGCCCCGCCGGCAUGGACGUCCACACCCGCUGGAAAGCGCGCAGCCCGCUCCGCCCGGGCGCCCCGCUGCUGUCCCCGCCGCUGCUGCUGUUGCUGCUGCUGCUGUGGGCGCCGCCUCCGAGCCGCGCAGCUCAGCCAGCAGAUCUCCUGAAGGUUCUAGAUUUUCACAACCUGCCUGACGGGAUAACCAAGACCACGGGCUUCUGCGCAGCACGGCGAUCUUCAAAAGGCCCCGAUGUCGCCUACAGGGUCACGAAAGAUGCCCAGCUCAGUGCGCCCACCAAACAGCUGUACCCUGCAUCUGCGUUCCCCGAAGACUUCUCCAUUCUAACCACUGUGAAAGCCAAGAAAGGCAGCCAGGCCUUCCUGGUCUCCAUCUACAAUGAGCAGGGCAUCCAGCAGAUCGGCCUGGAGAUGGGCCGCUCCCCGGUCUUCCUCUACGAGGACCACACCGGGAAACCAGGGCCAGAGGACUACCCGCUCUUCAGAGGCAUCAACCUCUCAGAUGGCAAGUGGCACAGAGUCGCACUCAGCGUCCACAGGAAGAACGUCACCUUGAUCCUGGACUGCAAGAAGAAGACCACCAAGUUCCUGGACCGCAGCGACCACCCCAUCAUCGACGUCAACGGCAUCAUCGUGUUCGGCACGCGGAUUCUGGACGAGGAGGUCUUCGAGGGGGACAUCCAGCAGCUGCUCUUUGUCUCGGACCACCGGGCGGCUUACGAUUACUGUGAGCACUACAGCCCCGACUGUGACACCGCCGUCCCCGACAAGCCCCAGUCGCAGGACCCCAACCCCGAUGAAUAUUACCCGGACGGAGAGGGCGAUGGGGACACCUACUACUACGAGUACCCCUACUACGAGGACACGGACGACGUGGGCAAGGAGCCCAGCACCACCAAGACGCCCGUGGAAGCUGCCCGAGAGACCACGGAGGUGGCUGAGGAGCAGACCCAGCCCCCCACCAGCGCGCCGGUGCCCGACACCAGCGAAGCGGCCGGGAAGGAGGAGGACCCCGGCCUCGGGGACUACGACUACGUGCCCAGCGAGGACUACUACACGCCGCCCCCGUACGAGGACCUCAACUACGGCGACGGCCUCGAGAGCCCCGACGAGAACCCCGACGAGAACCCCGACCAGGGCGCCCGGGCCGAGGUCCCCACCGGCACCGUGAUCACCUCCAACGCCUCCAACCCAGCUCCGCCUCCGGAGGAAGGGCUGGAUGACUUGGACGCGGAGUUCACGGAAGAGACCAUCAAGAACCCGGACGAGAACUACUACGACCCGUACUAUGACCCCACCAUCGCCCCGUCGGAGAUCGGGCCCGGGAUGCCCGCCAACCAGGACACCAUCUACGAAGGGAUGGGAGGACCGCGGGGCGAGAAAGGACAAAAAGGAGAGCCCGCCAUCAUCGAACCCGGCAUGCUUUUGGAGGGGCCGCCCGGACCAGAAGGCCCCGCGGGUCUCCCGGGACCUCCAGGAACGAUGGGUCCCACUGGCCAAGUGGGCGACCCUGGAGAAAGGGGUCCCCCUGGACGCCCGGGCCUUCCUGGGGCCGACGGGCUGCCCGGCCCUCCUGGAACCAUGCUCAUGCUGCCUUUCCGGUUUGGAGGGGGCGGCGAUGCGGGCUCCAAAGGACCCAUGGUCUCAGCGCAGGAGUCCCAAGCUCAAGCCAUCCUCCAGCAGGCUCGGCUGGCGUUGAGGGGGCCAGCUGGCCCCAUGGGUCUUACUGGGAGACCCGGCCCCAUGGGCCCUCCUGGGAGCGGAGGUCUGAAGGGCGAGCCGGGAGACAUGGGGCCUCAGGGUCCCCGAGGGGUGCAGGGCCCACCCGGCCCAGCAGGAAAGCCUGGAAGAAGGGGCCGCGCUGGCAGCGACGGAGCCAGGGGGAUGCCCGGACAGACCGGCCCCAAGGGUGACCGCGGCUUCGAUGGCCUGGCUGGACUACCGGGAGAGAAGGGCCACCGGGGUGACCCUGGUCCUUCCGGCCCCCCGGGGCCUCCUGGGGACGACGGAGAAAGGGGCGACGACGGAGAAGUCGGGCCCAGGGGGCUGCCCGGGGAGCCCGGGCCGCGUGGUCUGCUGGGGCCGAAGGGGCCCCCGGGCCCUCCAGGACCUCCUGGUGUGACGGGAACGGACGGCCAGCCAGGCCCGAAAGGCAACGUGGGACCCCAGGGAGAGCCCGGUCCCCCCGGACAGCAGGGUAAUCCAGGUGCCCAGGGUCUCCCAGGCCCCCAGGGAGCCAUCGGUCCUCCGGGAGAAAAGGGUCCCCUGGGUAAACCAGGCCUCCCAGGAAUGCCCGGUGCCGACGGACCCCCGGGGCACCCCGGCAAGGAAGGCCCCCCUGGAGAGAAAGGAGGCCAGGGUCCGCCUGGCCCCCAGGGCCCGAUCGGCUACCCAGGUCCCCGCGGAGUCAAGGGGGCAGAUGGCAUCCGUGGUCUGAAGGGCACCAAGGGCGAGAAGGGUGAAGACGGCUUUCCUGGCUUCAAAGGCGACAUGGGCAUCAAGGGUGACAGGGGGGAGAUCGGCCCCCCUGGCCCCCGAGGGGAAGAUGGCCCCGAAGGCCCCAAGGGUCGCGGAGGUCCCAACGGCGACCCCGGUCCUCUGGGACCCCCUGGGGAGAAGGGAAAACUCGGAGUCCCCGGACUGCCCGGCUACCCAGGAAGACAAGGGCCAAAGGGUUCCAUCGGGUUUCCUGGAUUUCCUGGCGCCAAUGGAGAGAAGGGCGGCAGGGGCACACCUGGGAAGCCGGGACCUCGGGGACAGAGAGGCCCAACGGGUCCUCGGGGUGAGAGAGGCCCAAGGGGCAUCACCGGGAAGCCUGGCCCCAAGGGCAACUCCGGAGGUGAUGGCCCGGCCGGCCCGCCAGGUGAACGGGGACCCAAUGGACCCCAAGGACCCACCGGGUUUCCUGGACCAAAGGGGCCCCCGGGCCCCCCAGGCAAGGACGGGCUCCCGGGACACCCUGGGCAGAGAGGCGAGACGGGUUUCCAAGGCAAGACCGGCCCUCCAGGCCCACCAGGUGUGGUUGGUCCUCAGGGUCCCACGGGGGAAACUGGUCCCAUGGGCGAACGCGGCCACCCUGGACCCCCGGGCCCCCCCGGUGAACAGGGGCUCCCGGGCCUCGCGGGAAAAGAAGGGACGAAGGGUGAUCCAGGCCCCGCUGGCCUUCCUGGGAAAGACGGUCCCCCAGGCCUACGCGGCUUCCCUGGGGACCGAGGGCUUCCUGGUCCAGUGGGGGCGCUUGGACUGAAAGGCAGCGAAGGCCCCCCCGGCCCGCCAGGCCCUGCGGGAUCUCCCGGGGAGAGGGGGCCGGCCGGUGCUGCUGGGCCCAUUGGAAUCCCAGGGCGACCCGGGCCGCAGGGACCCCCCGGGCCGGCUGGCGAGAAAGGCGCUCCCGGUGAGAAAGGUCCACAAGGCCCAGCCGGCCGAGACGGCCUGCAGGGUCCAGUGGGGCUCCCUGGUCCAGCUGGCCCCGUGGGCCCCCCUGGAGAAGAUGGAGAUAAGGGAGAGAUCGGGGAGCCGGGACAGAAGGGGAGCAAGGGUGACAAAGGCGAGCAGGGUCCUCCCGGGCCGACAGGACCCCAGGGCCCCAUCGGACAGCCAGGCCCCUCUGGCGCUGACGGCGAGCCGGGUCCCCGAGGCCAGCAGGGCCUUUUUGGGCAGAAAGGUGACGAAGGUCCGAGAGGUUUUCCUGGGCCCCCCGGCCCCGUGGGGCUGCAGGGUCUGCCAGGACCUCCGGGGGAGAAGGGCGAGACGGGAGACGUGGGUCAGAUGGGCCCUCCAGGUCCCCCCGGACCCCGAGGACCCUCUGGAGCUCCCGGCGCUGACGGACCGCAAGGUCCCCCUGGCGGAAUAGGCAACCCCGGCGCAGUGGGAGAGAAGGGUGAGCCCGGCGAAGCGGGAGAGCCCGGCCUUCCCGGAGAAGGAGGCCCCCCGGGACCCAAAGGCGAAAGAGGAGAGAAGGGCGAGUCGGGCCCUUCUGGUGCUGCUGGACCCCCUGGACCCAAGGGCCCCCCCGGAGACGACGGUCCCAAAGGCAGCCCCGGCCCCGUCGGUUUUCCUGGAGAUCCCGGUCCCCCCGGAGAGCCUGGCCCCGCGGGUCAAGACGGUCCCCCUGGUGACAAAGGAGAUGACGGUGAACCCGGGCAAACAGGAUCCCCGGGCCCUACUGGUGAGCCAGGUCCAUCUGGGCCUCCAGGGAAAAGGGGUCCGCCCGGCCCGGCAGGCCCCGAAGGCAGACAGGGAGAGAAAGGAGCCAAGGGAGAAGCCGGCUUGGAAGGCCCUCCUGGGAAGACUGGCCCCAUUGGCCCCCAGGGGGCCCCCGGGAAGCCUGGUCCUGAUGGCCUUCGAGGGAUCCCGGGCCCCGUGGGCGAGCAAGGUCUCCCAGGAGCUCCCGGCCCCGAUGGUCCCCCCGGCCCCAUGGGUCCCCCAGGGCUCCCCGGCCUCAAAGGAGAUUCUGGACCCAAAGGGGAAAAGGGCCAUCCAGGCUUGAUCGGGCUCAUUGGACCCCCGGGCGAACAGGGCGAAAAGGGUGACCGUGGCCUUCCCGGCCCCCAGGGCUCCUCUGGCCCUAAGGGGGAACAGGGCAUCACUGGUCCUUCCGGCCCGAUCGGGCCCCCGGGCCCCCCAGGCUUGCCGGGCCCCCCUGGUCCAAAAGGUGCUAAGGGCUCCUCGGGUCCAACUGGCCCCAAGGGUGAGGCAGGCCACCCUGGACCCCCCGGCCCGCCGGGCCCCCCCGGCGAGGUCAUCCAGCCGCUGCCGAUCCAGGCGUCCAGGACGCGGCGGAACAUCGACGCCAGCCAGCUGAUGGACGAGGGGGAGGCCGAGAACUACAUGGACUACGCCGACGGCAUGGAGGAGAUCUUCGGCUCGCUCAACUCCCUGAAGCUGGAGAUUGAGCAGAUGAAGCGGCCGCUGGGCACACAGCAGAACCCGGCGCGGACCUGCAAGGACCUGCAGCUCUGCCACCCCGACUUCCCGGACGGUGAAUACUGGGUGGACCCCAACCAAGGCUGCUCCAGGGACUCCUUCAAAGUCUACUGCAACUUCACGGCCGGAGGGUCCACGUGCGUCUUCCCCGAUAAGAAGUCCGAAGGGAGUAAAAUGGCCCGUUGGCCCAAAGAGCUGCCCUCCACCUGGUACAGUCAGUACAAGCGAGGGUCGCUGCUCUCCUACGUGGACGCCGAGGGCAACCCGGUGGGCGUGGUCCAGAUGACCUUCCUGCGGCUGCUGAGCGCCUCUGCCCACCAGAACAUCACCUAUAACUGCUACCAGUCGGUGGCCUGGCAGGACGCCGCCACGGGCGGCUACGACAAGGCCAUGCGCUUCCUGGGCUCCAACGACGAGGAGAUGUCCUACGACAACAGCCCCUACAUCCGCGCCCUGGUGGACGGCUGCGCUACCAGGAAAGGGUACCAGAAGACGGUGCUGGAAAUCGACACCCCCAAGGUGGAGCAGCUGCCCGUCGUGGACAUCAUGUUCAAUGACUUCGGUGAAGCAUCACAGAAAUUUGGGUUUGAAGUGGGGCCGGCUUGCUUCCUGGGCUAGGAGCCGCGAGCCCGGCCCCCAAGAGCAACCUCGUGACCUCAGCACGCCGCCUGGGGGUGUCCUGGACAGCGAAGGCCCCUCGUCCCUCCCCACCUCGUCUGUGCCUCGGCCCCCCGCCCCGGGCCGCCCCACAGCAGAGAGAGCAAAGGGAAGAGCCGCGCCCCCCGCCCCGGAGCCGAAUCACAUGACCUAGACGUCCCAGAGCCUCCCGCUCCUCCAGCCCGGCCCCGUCUACACCGCACUCCCCAGGGGCACGGAGGGGGCCCACUCCGCUGGCCCCGGUCGGUGGCUCUGAGAGUCCGCAGCGGGGAGGGCGAGGCCGCAGCAUUUGGAGAUCUCCGUUUUUUGUCUUUUUUCAUUUCAACUUGAAGAUGCCUAUUUCCCCUGACCUUCAAAAAUUGUUCCGAGGCCAGCCUCGUAAAGGUCGCCCCGUGCUCCAGAGUCUCCGUGUUUAACAAGAUCCAUUCACAGGCCAAAUGUCAUUCUGCAUGUGCCUUUCCGAUGGAUUAAAGGUGCUUUUGUUUUUGUGAGUUUUAAGUAAAUAUUUGUAUUGUAUUGUCAUAAAUGUUCAGCGUCCCUGACUUUCAAUCCUGCCUGUGAGGCCGGCUUCAGACCCACGGGGAGAGUUGGAGAACACGGGGGGAGCUGUCUGUUCCGGGAUGCAGCCCACACCCCCCGCCCACUCGAGCACGUACCCCGUAUUGGAAAUUUGCCCAGGGCAGCAAGGAUUCGCCGCCCCCACCCCACCCCCAUUUAAAAAGCAGGUGCCGGCUUCCCUUUCGGAGAAGUUUUUGAUUAGCUCUGCAUCUUUUGUUUUUAAGGAGAGAAAAGAGAAAGAAGGCGUUUUGUGCGUUGCCCCUUCCACACGUGCUGAGAUGAAAGUGCAGGCUUAAAUGAAUGUUAAUUGCUGCCUUUUUCCAGUCGUCUUCUCACGGUGCCUGAUGGGAGGAGGGCCAGGGCAGGGAAAUCACCUCUCUGCAGACGAGAAUCAAACGACACUUGGUGCUCAUAUUGUAACACUCCUCUUUUGUGGUGCUAUCUGCUCAGAUCUCCUGGAAGGCGACACUGGGGGUACCUGCCUGCCUCAUUCUCCCAUCUUUCUGGAUCCUGGCAAUUGCUUCCACCACCUAGGUCUCUGCCAAGGAUGUUGAGAUAAUGCAGGCCACCUGCCUACCCCGCAGCCCUGCUCGCUGCUGUCCUCCUGGGCAGUGGGGGAGACCCCCACCCCCAGGCCUGGUACCAGCGUUAGGCUGUGAUUCUGUGAUUUGAAAACACACACACACACACACACACACACACACACACAGAUGCUUCCCACAUGGUCCAUGGCAUGACGACAGCAGAUUGUAUCCAGUGGCCGAAUGUUUGUGGUGCUAAUUUUUAUGUUUGUUCAAAGAACUGAAUCGAAGCUGCAUGUGGUAUCUCAGCGGGGCGGCCUCAGCGGACAGACAAAUGUGCAAUGAACUCUGUGGGUCCCUCCGAGGUCGCCCGCGGUGCCCACCCCCCACGAAAGCUAUUCGGUCUUCCAUCUGCUAAUGUCCCGGGCUCAGGUCCCAGCCACGCGGGCAGGUGCUCAGGGCCGGCCGGGUCCCCUCCCUCCUCCCUGAGCGAGGACGAGAAUAACGAGGCCGGCAAGAAAAGGCCAUCCCUUUACUGUGAAAAGCUGCCCUCGUGCAACACCCUUUCCUUCCGCGGUGGGAGAAGCCAGGCGGGGCCCGGGACCCCGCGCAUGCCCCGGGCAGGAGCUGUGGCGCAACCCGGUUCUGGUGCUGCCCCGCCUACCCGCCCCAUCGGACUGUGGUUCCAGCUCAGGAAACCACAGCGCAGCCACCCAGGAGUGACAACAUGCACCCCCCCCCACGAGGACUCCCCGGGCACCCCUGGAGACGGAGGCUUGGUCUUGCCAAAGAAAAGUCUGGCUUCGCGAUUCUUCCGAACCCAGGACGCCAGCAUCUGCCGAUGACGCUCGUUCCCGCCUCUUCAAAAGCAAAGCCGUUCGGAGCGUGGCGGGGCGCGUCUAGGUCAUGUGAUUCCACUUUGAUUUCUCACCCCGCCCGCGUCCUCCUUUCCGUCUGUGGAUCUGUUCCUCCACUGGUCCCUGCAAAGCUGUUGUAAUUUGUACUGAAGUCAAAAUGUGUCCUGUUCUCCCCCAGACCACUUAGCUAUGGUAUAUUGCAAUAAAAUUACUUCUUAUAUUUGCAGAAAUUCUUUUGGCGUCGUUUUGUUUGUUUCCCCCCAUCUCCAUCAUUGGAUGCAUGUUGACAAAAAGAGGAAGGAAAGGGUUAAAAAAGAAAAGAAAAGAAAACGGAUGGUAAGGUCUCCAGGACACGUAGGCCCUUGAGGACAGUACGUCAAAGGCGCCAUUGUACGUUUCCUAAAAAUCCAACAGACGUGUUUUAACUGUAAUGCCCAGGAGAGGGUGUCUUGAAAUAUUUCAAACCUGUGUAACAGAGGAACAAUUGUAAUAGUUUUUCAAUAAAUCAAAUUUCCUGUUUCCACUGUGAA